GUGUACCCUAGGAGUCCGUAUUCCAUGAUAGUUGUAUACCCCAGGAGGUCUGUAUUCCAUGACAGCUACAUACCCAUCCCUCUCUGCAGGUGCUAGGCGUGGAGUGUACCCUAUGCUUCUGGAUAGCUGUCCUCUUGUCGUAGAAUAUCCUUUCCAGAAUCCAUCUCUUUUGCUGUUCGUAUGUCCGGAUUUGCUGUACGCAUUUCCGAUUCCUCUCUUUUGCUGUACGCAUUGCGUUCCCGCGAUUCAUCUCUUUGCCAUACGCUUUCCCGAAUUCAUCUCUUUCUCUGUACGCAAUGCCGGGCAACCCAAGGCAGCACCCCCCUCAAUACCGCCUCAGCACCCUAUGCCCGUCCAGGCCCGAGGUUCCAACAUCAACACUCUCCAUAUUACCCCUCUGACAUCCUGACGUCCUGACAUUCUGACGUUCUGACACUCUCAACCCAUGGAUUCCAUACCUUCAAUAUACAUCAACGUACAUGCCCAGCAGCGCUUUUUCAACUCAAUAGGUUUUGAGUACAAUGCAAACGUAAAAGACCAAUUGGACGUAAACUCGCAGAACCUCAAACAAAGCAUCAUCCAGAACAAGCUUUACGCAAAACUAUACAUGACAAGAAAGCUGCAAUGCUGCAAUACUGUACAAGCUGCAAUGUUGUACAACAACACGAUAACCAAUACAAACAUACGAAAAAAGUAACUC